AUGAGCUACGAUCCAGAAAAGAAGGCACCCGUCGCGCCUACGGAUACCGCAGAACCCAAAAGUACCCCGUCUUCAAUGGCUUCGCCUGGUGACGAUGUGGAAGCUAAAGAAGAAGCGGGAAAACUAGACUUUGGCGAGCCAAAAUCACCCCUGCAUGAAGCGGCGUUUGUGUUUGUCGUCUGUGCCGCUCAGUUCAUGACGCAGGCUGGCCUUGCGCUCUCGAUCGCACCUCUCAAGAUUAUUAGUGCCAGUUUCAACAGCACUCCGAAGGACUUGACAUGGGCCUCUGCCGCGUACAGCCUGACUGUUGGAACCUUCAUUUUUGUAUCCGGAAGACUGGGCGAUAUAUACGGCCAUCGACUGCUGUUCAUCAUCGGUUUCCUAUGGUUCGGUCUGUGGUCUCUUUUGGGAGGCUUCUCGGUGUGGUCGAAUCCAAUCUUUUUUGACUGCUGUCGUGCGUUCCAGGGGAUUGGCCCUGCUCUUCUUCUGCCGAAUGGAGUUGCUAUCCUAGGUAGAUCCUACCCCCCUGGGCGCCGGAAGGGAAUGGUGUUUUGCCUCUUUGGGGGUGUAGCACCUGGCGGAUUCACCCUCGGCGCGACCUUCUCCUCGUUGCUUGCGGAACGUUUAUGGUGGCCGUGGGCGUACUGGAUCAUGGGCAUCACUUGUUUCAUCUUUGCGAUACUUGGAUUUCUCGUGAUACCGCAUGUACCACAAGAACAACCGCGUCCGGACCUCUCGACGUUCGACCGACUAGACGUGCGUGGUGCUGUCACCGGAGUCAGUGGACUGGUAUUGAUCAACUUCGCGUGGAACCAGGCCGCAAUGGUAGGAUGGGCAGUCCCGUACACCUAUGUCCUGCUGAUUGCUGGGAUGUUGAUGUUGGUUCUGUUCUUGUUUUCUGAGCGCAAAGCAGUCUAUCCGUUGCUACCGCCGACGGUGUUCAAAGGUGAGACUGGAUGGGUGCUUGGCUGUAUUGCAGCUGGCUGGUCCAGUUUCGGUGUCUUGGUGUUCUACUAUUUCAACAUCCUUGAGAACUUGGAAGGGAACAGCGGGCUGCUUGUGACGGCCAAGUGGGCUGGAGCUUCUGCAUCUGGAGCUUGCGCUGCUGUGGUGACCAGUUUGCUCCUCGGCCGAAUUUCUGCAAGCAUUAUCAUGUUCAUUGCCAUGCUGGCAUUUUUAGCAGGCCAGGUGCUGUUGGCGUCGAUGCCAAUGGGCCAGAUAUACUGGGCAAAUGCCUUUGUGAUCAUGCUUGUCACGCCAUGGGGGAUGGAUAUGUCCUUCCCAUCUGGAAUCCUGAUUCUGAGCGAUUCCAUGUCACAGAAAGACCAAGGCGCUGCAGGCUCCCUCGUAAACACGGUCGUGAACUAUUCGAUCUCAUUGGGCCUCGGCUUUGCCGGGACCGUCGAAAGAUACGUGAACGAUGAUGGGAAAGACGUCCUCAAAGGGUACCGCGGAGCCACAUACGUGGGUGUUGGUCUCGCCGGUCUCGGCACAAUCAUCGCCACUUGUUUCAUGGCUGUGGCCUGGAGGUCAAGAAAGGGGUCAUAG